CUAUGAAUUAUAAUACGACUUUCGUCUGUCAUAAUGAAUAACAAAGCUGUUUUGUUUUCACGGCUAAAGCAGUACAUGAUAUCUGGGCAGAGACUAAUGAACUCUGGAGACUAACUGGUCACUAUAAGCACUCCUAAGAAAUGGCUAGCCCUGCACCAGCUGUCGGCAUCGAUCUGGGUACCUGUUACUCCUGUGUCGGUGUGUUCCAGCACGGGAAAGUAGAAAUCAUCCCCAACGACCAGGGGAACAGGACUACCCCUAGCUAUGUCGCCUUCACUGACAAGGAGCGUCUCAUUGGAGAUGCAGCAAAGAACUGUAUCACCAUGAAUUCGAUUAAUACGGUCUUUGGUGCCAAGCGACUCAUUGGAAGGAAGUUCAACGAUCCUAAAGUAACCGCUGACUGCAAGCACUGGCCAUUUGCUGUCGUUAACACUGAUGGCCGCCCUAAGAUCUUAGUAGAAUACUUGGGGAAGACAAAGACCUUCUACGCUGAAGAGGUGUCCUCUAUGGUCCUCACUAAAAUGAGGGAGACAGCUGAGGCUUACCUUGGGAAGACUGUCACUGAUGUAGUCAUUACAGUCCCUGCUUACUUCAAUGACUCACAACGUCAGGCAACAAAAGACGCCGGAACCAUAGCUGGUCUCAACGUCCUGCGUAUCAUCAACGAGCCCACAGCUGCUGCCAUUGCCUACGGUCUCGACAAGAAAGUUAAAGAAGAGAGGAACGUCCUCAUCUUUGAUUUGGGUGGUAGUAAUUUUAGUGUCUCCAUCCUUACAAUUGAGGACGGCAUAUUUGAAGUGAGGUCCACUUCCGGCAACACACACUUGGGAGGUGAGGAUUUCGAUUCUCGCAUGGUUGACUAUUUUAUGAAGGAAUUUCAAUGUAAAUACAUGAAGGACAUGUCCAGCAAUCCACAUUCUCUUUGUCGUCUCAGGACCGCCUGUGAGAGAGCUAAGAGGAUCCUCUCCUCCAGUGCUCAAGCAUCUAUUGAGAUUGACUCUCUCUUUGAGGGCAUUGACUUCUACACUACCAUCACUCGUGCUCGUUUUGAAGAACUCAACAAUGACCUCUUUUAUCGUAUCCUCGAACUAGUUGAGAAGACACUCCGUGAUGCUAAAUUCUACGAAGGUCAAAUACAUGAUAUUGUUCUGGUUGGUGGCUCCACUCGUAUCCCUAAGAUCCAGAAGCUCCUGCAGGACUUCUUCAAUGGGAAGGAACUGAACAAGUCCAUCAAUCCUGAUGAAGCUGUUGCUUAUGGAGCUGCUGUCCAUGCAGCCAUUUUGAGUGGAGACAAGAGUGAGGAGGUGCAAGAUCUCAUUCUCCUUGACGUUGCUCCUCUUUCUCUCGGUAUUGAGAGAGCAGGAGGAUUUUUCACAGCUCUCAUUAAAAGGAACACUACCAUCCCAAAGAAAGAGCAAGAGACCUUCACAACUUACUCUGACAACCAGCCGAGUGUCCUUAUCCAAGUUUAUGAAGGAGAAAGUUUCAUGACCAAGGACAAUAAUCUCCUUGGUAAGUUUGAGCUCUCUGGCAUCCCUCCUGCUCCCCGUGGAGUGCCUCAGAUCCAGGUUACAUUUGAUAUCGAUCGUAAUAGUAUCCUCAAUGUCUCUGCCUCUGACAAGAGUACUGGAAAAGAAAUCAAUAUCACCAUCAUGAAUGACAAAGGAUGUCUCUCAGCUGAGGAGAUCGAGCGUAUGGUCAAGGAAGCAGAAGAGUUUAAGGCUCAAGAUGACAAGCAGAGGGAAAGGAUUGCUGCCAAGAAUUCCCUUGAGGACUACACAUUCAACAUGAAGAGCACAAUGGAAGAUGAUAAACAUCUCUCAGCUGAAGAGAUUGAUCAUACAAUCAGGGUGUUCAAGGCUCAAGAUGACAACUUUGACAAGCAGGCAUUGAACAACUUUGAUAAGCAGGCAUUGAUGCUUUGUACAGUUUAAUCUUUAUAUUUUUGAUUUAUGCAACUCUACUCUUUUCUUUUAGCUACUGCUUAAUUAUAGUUGUAAUAAUAUCAAGCACAUAAGAGAGGUGCAGUUUUUAAUUACCUUAA